ACUUCCGCUUAUGAAAGUCCUGUGACUUCCUGAAUUUCUUCGCAAUCGCCGACUUACUGACUGGCUAUCGCUUAAGAGGGUGCUGCUACAUCUUGAAGAAUAAAAGAAAACAUCAUGAUUAUUAAGAUAGUGAUACUUUUGAUUGCUUGCGUUAUCAUUUCAAAAAGCAUUGAUGUGCCAAUACGCUGUGCUCAUGAAACUGCUUGCAAUUGUACUAAAGUUUCUUUAGAAUGCAAGUGUCAAAGCUCUGAAAUUAUUGUAUUACAGUCUUUUGCAAAAUAUGACUGGAAGAGAGUUCUUGUGCAGGAUUGCAAUUUUGUGAAAGUUAGCCUUGGUGCAUUUUUACACAUGAAUCUCGAAGAAGUUGUAUUUCGAAACAUUAAUAAAUUGAAAUUCCGCCCAUUUGCUUUUUCAGGUAUCAAAACCAUGGGUCGUUUUCGAAUAGAAAACGUCAAUGAUUUAGAUGUCGACUUAUUCGGUAUCAGUGGACUGUACGGUCUUGAAAGCGUUGCAUUAAUAAAUGUGACAGCACCAAAUCUAUCAGAAUUUGCAAUUUCAGGAAGCAACGUAACUCUAUUCGAAAUUGAAGGAUCAUCUUUAAUUUUAGACUCCUUCAGCAUCGUUGUCUGGUCUAUGAACGACAUUUACAUCAGAAAUACAAACAUUCAAACUCACACGAAUUCGUCUCUCAUCAUUCGAACAGCUGAUAGGGUGCAUUUCCAAAAUUCAGUCUUUGCCACGCUAGUUGACAGUAGUAUUGUUGUUCUUUGGACUGAUCUUGUUGAAAUGCUCAACUGCUCUUUUAAAACUCUGCCACCAGCUUUCCUCUAUGGUCACACUGAUCAUUUUAAAUUUAAUGAUAAUAUUAUUGAUAACAGUGAAACAAAUGCAUUUCAGAAGUUUUUCAUCAGUCACACAGCAGAAUUCAAAAACAACAAAUUUCUAGAAGUAGAACCAGAUUCCAUUUUUCCCUGCCCUAACAAUAAUGUUACUGAAGUGAUUCAAAAAAUUUCCAUAGAAGGAAAUAAAUUCCACUGUGAUUGUCGUUUGGCAUGGCUAUUUACAGGUAGAGAAAUCUAUUCACCUAUAAUACAUUCAAGCAUGUGCCACAAUUAUAAACAGAUUUCACUGUCCCAAAUGUUCAGAUUUUUCUACUCUAACGAGUCUUGCAAAUUUUCUGGAUUUGAUUCAACUCGAAUGUUAGAAAAAAUGAAUCGUCAAUUACUUAAAGACGACACAGUUUUCAGUAAAUCGCCGUCCUUAUACAUUGGGACUUUUAUAAAGAGCUUCAUGAUCAACGUAUUUGCUUUGUGUUUAAUGAGAGCUACCAGAACUGUUUGAUUUUUAUACAUUUCCAACUUAUGUAUUUUUCAAAUAUAUUAGUUAUUGAAUUUUCUAUGUUUUAAUGCAACUGUCAUAUAUUUAAUAUUUAAAUAUGUUUCUGGAGAAAAUUAUAAUGAUUAAUUACAGGGUGUAUCAACACUUAUUAUCUAUCUUAUAUCUUAUAAAGGAAAGUGCUUUCGAAAAAGAACAGGUUUAAUGAUAGCAAGUUCUUUAUUCUACACCAUGAGAUCAAUGACUUACCAAUUGGAAGCGGGGAGAUUGUAGAUACCGCCCCCCUCCUACGUCUGACAUUAAUGUGUUUACAUUAUUUCAUAAAAUGUCAAAUACGAUAAGGAAGUAAAAAUUGAUAUUAUACUCCUGGCUGCAUUUCCCCUUGACAGGGCAAAAAACUGCAUUAUGUCUCGGGUGGUAUUUCAUUGUAGGGUUAAAUUGUAUGGCUGAAUAUGUGGUUUCUAGAAAGCUAAUGAUAAAUAUAUCUUUAUAGUUUAAAAAUUUUGGAAUGUGUAUUCCUAAAGAAGCUUAAUUGUCUUGAUAUUAUAAAACACCAAAAAGACUAAUCUAUACUUAUGAAAAGUACAUAAUACUGUUUCAUGAAAGCAUGAUACAUAUACAUGAAAUCUCUCUGUUGAAAAUGCACUAAGUCAUUGAAAUUUCACAUCCUUUCAGAAUUAAUUAGUCUCACAUCAAGGUAGUUUUGCUCCUGUGUUUUAUUAAUUAACCUAUUUUGGACAGCCAAGUUCAGCAUAAACAAGGAAGAGGAAAAGUAAUUGCAUUAUCUUUUAAUGUGGACAAAUGUUCCUGCUUAUUUGAAAAAUAUCAGUCUUAAAAGGAUGUCUUAAGAUUUCAGUAGGCCAUUAUUCGAAGAUAACAAUUAUAUAAUAACACAUAGUUAACCUGACAUAUUUGACUUGUUUUAUGAAAUUUGGUCGAAAAUUGUGUUUAAUAUCAGUAGAUGAUAAUUUUUUGACGCUGUAAGUGUCACUCGUUUCACUGAAUGGUCAACAACAUGACGCGGAUUUGAAAUUGAAUCAUUUGAAAUUACCAGCAUUUUCAAAGCAGCAAAUUUACAUUAUCCACAGAAAAAUAUAAAUCAUACCUUAACAUUUCAUUAAAUAAAUACAUAUCUAGUCCCAAGAUAGACUGUAAUUUUUGAUACACCCAGUAUACUUGGAAGUAAGAGUGAAAAGUUGUUGCAGAUUUAUACGGUUAUAAUUUAAUAAAAUUACAUCCUAAAGACUGCAAUAGGAGUGGAGAGAUUCUUAUUGUGAUUGUGGGUUAAAAUGCAUAUUGAAGAAGAUAAAACAUUUUUGUCUAUCACUUACUUCUACUAAUAUCUACUUUAGCUAUCAGGUAGAUACUACUAUAAAAUUAUUUUAAGUUGUAGUAAUUAAUAAACUUCUCUAUUUUUAUAAAAUUUAAAGUUAAUAUUUUAAAAAACUUAACAAAUAAUAAAUAAGAAGAAUUCUCCAGUUGUGGAAAAAAUAUCUUUCCGACUACGGUAACCUGAGCAUUAUGAAGAGAAAUUGUUUUAAAUUUAUGUAUAUUUUUUAUGCUGUAUAUAAAAAUUUCCAAAUCUUUAUAAUAUUUUUUUUUUCAAAUUCUACAUAAAUUUUCGAAUGGAUUCAUGAUAUAUAUGCUUCUUAUGAAAUUUCAUCAACGAAUGCAAAAACAUAUAAAUUCAGGAUAUAGAUUUUCUUAAAGAACAAGAAUAAAAUGAAUACAAGAAAACCAAUAUUUUAUUUUUACAUAACUGUAUACUAUCAUGUAUUAAAAGCUGUUUGUGUAAAAAUCAUUCAAAUAUAAAUAGACUCUAAAUGAUAAAAUCACAAUAAUUUUAAUCAAAUCAUUCUACUCAAGCCAACCAAAGAAUUAGGGAAAUUACUGAGGAUUAAAUAUGAAAUUAUGUAAAACAGGAUAUACAGGUAAUUUAAAAAAUUCAAAUUAAGCGAAAAUAACUUAAGAGAAAAAUUACUAGACACUUAAGAGAAAAAUUACCUUUCGUGCUUUGUAUAAUAAUAUCUGUCUUUAAGAAAGUCUUCAUGUAUUUUAGAAUAUGUUAUAUGGUAAUGAUUUAGCGAUGUAUAGAUUUAAGGAAGAAAAAGCUUUCAUUUAAUUCAGUAUCACGAAUUGUUUUUUUGUAUUCUAGAAAAAUAUUUGCACUAUUUUUAAUAAAUACAGUAUUUUGAUUAUUUUUGCAGAUUGUUAUUACUAUUAUACUUUUACUU